AGGCGAGAAGCUGUCUCAAGACAGUAUUUCUCUGGAUGAUAGUGAAGUAUUUAACCCAGAUUUUCUGAGUCAAAUUGACGACAUAUGCAAGCGUCAUUUGGAAGCGAAAGACAGUGCAAACAAAGUUGAUCCUACAAUUUCACUAUUGGUGAAGCGGCCUGUUGAAUUGGAGAUUGGAAGAAUUGAAAAUGUUCCUGAUUUGGAUUCUGGUGUUCAUGGAGUUGAUUUGAAAGAAGGAAAUGAUGAAAAAGAAGGAGAGGAGGAUGAGAAGAAGAUGAAUGCUGAUGAUGAUCAGCAUAAAGAAGAUGAUGAUGAUGAUGAUGAUGAUGGUGAUGAUAAGGAUCACCAGAAUCAUAAUGAGAGAAAGGAUGAUGAUGCUGAUGAUAAUGGUGAUCCUGGUCUUCAAGGAGAUGAAGACAAAGGAGUAGAUAAGGAUGCUGAUCUUCAUGUAGAUGAAGACAAAGGAGGAGAUAAUGGUGAUCCUGGUCUUCAAGGAGAUGAAGACAAAGUAGGAGAUAAGGAUGCUGGUCUUCAUGGAGAUGGAGAGGAAGAUAAUGAGAAAGAACCGAAGGAAGAUGGUAAGAAGAAGACUGGCAAUGCUGAUGAUGAUUGUGGUCUUCAAGGAGAUAAAGAGGAAGGAGAAAUAAGGAGUUGGAUGCUGGGGUUUAUACAGAAGGAGAGAAAGGAGGAAAUUUUGAGAAAGAACAACCAAAGGAAGCUGAUAGGAAGAGGAGGAAUGCUGAUGAUGAUCAAGUCAAAGGGGCUAAGGAUAAGGAUAAGUGUAAAAUUUCUACACACGUCCCUACUCGCACCGCUGCUGGUAUUGAUAUUGUUGAUCUUCGUACUCCAACUCCUCCUCCUCCUCCUCCUCCUGUUGUUGAAGCAGUUGAGAAUGUAUAUAGCAGAAAGUCUUGGAGAGUUGAUUCUUCUGCUAAAAAGAAAAACAUUGCUGAUUUCGAUGCCCCUUCAUUCCAACUAUUAACUCCUAGUCCUGUUGUUGAGGAUCUUCCAUACAGUGAAGAGAGUGGUGAGGGUGUUGGAAGUUCAAUUCCAAUCAUCACUCCAGUAAAUGUAAAAUAUCCUCGAGUAAGUAUAGUUUUAGUUUCUGUUUUAAUUUGUUUAUUUUCUGUUUCAGUUAGUGUAUGUUUCUUGUCAUUUAGUAUAUCUUUUAUUUCAGUUAGUGUAUGUUUGUUUGUUGUCAGUUAGUAUCAGUUUAUGUUUGAGUUAGUGUAAGUUUCAUG